AGCGCGGCCAGAUUCAUUAUUUACUAGUUACGAUUCUAUUGUUAUCGACAAAAAGUCGCCAAAUUCCACAAACUCUGCGGCCAAAUGAGACUCAAAUUUACAUAAUAUGGAUCUAGAACCAACACUCGAGGAGCUUUGAGUGAAAGGACGCGGUCAAACCAAAGAUAUCUUAAAAUGGGCAAGGUUAUUUUAUGGGUUUGGUCGCCAGCGGUUGUACGCCUGUUGUCGUUCAAGUUAGAAUUUCCCACAACUUAAUUUGAAAUUCGACUUUUACACCGUCAUUUGGCAAGGUUCUUUUACCAAUAUGACCAAGGCGAAGGUUGCACUUGAAAGUGGCGACAUUGUUCGCCUUAUUUUGCAAUUUUUCAACGCCGAAAAGCUACACAAGUCAAUGCGAAAUUUAGAGAAAGAAAGUGGUGUGACAAACUGCGACCUCUCUGAGGAUGUCCUUUUUCUAAGGCAGCUUAUUUUGGAUGGCGAGUGGGAUGCAAUUUUGACUUUUGCUCAACCCCUGGAAGCUGCAGAAGGAUUUGACGUGCGAAAAUUUCGUUAUUUGGUUCUAAGACAAAAAUUCAUGGAGGUUUUGUACUUUAAAUCUGGCAUAGAAGGUGUUUCGAAAAGUUACUCGAUUGAAGAUUUGAUCAAGUGCUUGAACCACCUAGAAAAGGACUGUCCUUUUAAAAGCGACUACACAAAACUAUGCUGGCUUCUAACGGUACCUGACUUAUCAGAGCAGCCGGAAUAUCAAAACUGGAACCCAGAAACGGCACGAAUUCAGUGCUUUGAAGAAGUCCUGGAAAUUUUACGAGCAGUUAUGCCCGUUGUAAAGAAACGAACCGUGAAACGACCUGUGACUCCUAAUGAAGACCGACUGACAAACCUUAUUGUGAAAGGCUUGUGUUUUGAAAGUUGUGUAGAAUACUGCCAACAGAGAGCACUUAAUGGUGACUUUAAUGAUGAUAAUAACUUUACAGUAAGUAGUAAUAUUUUGUGUGGAACAUCUCAUGAAAGCACUGGAAAUUUUAUUUCCUGGCUUAAAAGCUUACCUCAGGAUAGUUAUGUCUCUGAUUUUGAACCUAUGGACCUAGAUGUUAACUUUCAUCACCUCACCAAAGCUAAGGCUUUCCGGUUUUCUAAUAAGAAGUUGCAAAGUGAAGCUGAGAAUUUGUCAAAGAGUAUGACAUUUAAUAGGCCAUCCACUGCCGAAGCCAUUGUAGAACCUUCAAAAGAAGAGAACCAAGUCAUUGAUGGUAAUCACGUCACCAGGGCUAUUGCUGGUAUGACCAAAGUCUCUAACUCUUAUCAUGAGUUUAAAUACAAUCCAAAGAACUCACACUUUCAACCAAUUAAAAAAACAUCAAGAGAACAUGAAAAACUUCAUAAGCCUGAAGGCCCUGUAGACUCCCAACCAUUGAUUGUGGAUAUGGCAAGCUCUCAGGGCAACCAGAUUCCAAAUAGUUCUUCUAAACAGUCAAGAAAUGAGGGUACAGAAUUGAUAAACCCCCCAGAGGGACAGGGAGAGAGUUCUGUUGAAAGACAAAGAUAUGAGAAUCUAACUGAAAACACUCACAGGAAUAUAGAUGAUGCAGAAGGUGUUCAAAGGUUUAACAAAGUUCGGGACUCAGUUCAAAUUAUGAGAAAUGAGCAAGAACAGAGUGUUCUGCAACAGCUCCAAGAGCAUGAACAGUAUAAGCAAGAGCUGCAGCGCGAGCUUAUGGGAGAACAGCUAUGCCUAAAGGUGACAGACCAUCAACACAUUACAGUAAACAACCACUUUGACGUCCCUAACACAAGUGACACAGAUGGCUUACAAAAGUCACCAAAACAACAACAUCUAAGCAAACAGACUGAUUCCAAUAAUGAGAUAAAGGAGCUUCCUAAACCUCAUAUACCUGUUGUCCCAAAUCAAGACAAUCGAUUGUCCCCAGAGGGGCUAGAAACUGGCAAAAUGUACACAGAUGCUGGUAAAGGCGAGGAGCCUUCAUUAGAAUUUGACGAUGGAAAUUUUCCUGUGAUGUCAACACCUUUAGGUAAACACAAGCCUGCUCCGCUGGUGCUAAAUGAAGAGUCUGCUAUUGAGAUGGCUGCUAGGCAACCAGUGACACCUGUCAAUCAAAAGCAUCCUAAUGCCAUAGCUCCUGGUCAUUGGGUUGCACUUGCAGAUGGCUCAGGAGUCUUGAAUACCAGUACACCAAAGUCUACCAAAAACAAACCUACACCAGCACCCCUGGCCUCCCCCGUGCUCCCUAAAGGUGAUGGUCAACAUGGGACCCCCCUGAGUGCCAUGCCUGAGGCGACAGGCUCCAGUGACGAGAAUUUGCAGGGCAAGGAUGGACUAGAUGCAACACAAGGGAAUCAAGAUCCCCCUGCGCGCAAGGGACCCAAGAUCAAUGGUGUCCGUCGCAGUCUAACAUCUUCCCAGCCGCACACGAUCGGCAAACUCAAGAAUGCAACACCUACUGGAGUACCCCAAGACAGACAGGCACCUAGACACUCCAAGCCCUUGAGCACUCCACGUGGAGAGUCCUCCUCUCCCAACACCAUCCCAGACCGUGUGAGAAAUCAACCAGGCAGUGGAAACAGCAGUCCCAGGAGUGGAGCAAGCAGUCCCCUUGGUCGUGCCUCGAGCCCUAACAGUAAAAAAGGGUCUCGUGUCAAUAGUCCAAUUGGAGCAAGACGGCGUGCCAAUAGUCCAGGUCCAAGUAUUAAUAGUCCUAGGGGACGUGCGGAAAGCCCUAGUAAUGCACACGGACGUGCAAGUAGUCCAAGCGGUACAAGGGGGCCAGUCAGUGGUCCAAGUGGCGCAAGAGGGAGCCCUCACCAACCAAGAGGACGUGCUAGUAGUCCAGGUGGUGCGAGGGGACGUGCUGCUAGUCCAAAAUCACGGCUUGUAUCCAACCAGAAACAAGUGACCGUCAAGCAGCCUGAACAAAGUGAUGCCACUAAUGGCACAACAUUCCUUGUUGAAAAAGUACCUUCUAAUGGCCUGAAAGCAAGGCCUGCUAUAAAUGAAGCUGCCCAGGAGCCACAGGAAUACCAAGAUAUGGGAAAACCAGCAAGCCAGUGCAUUGAUGUAACAUACCAGAAGCAAACGUGCAAUGACCCAGCAGCACCACACGUCUCCCAUGGCCAGGAAGACUGGUCCAGGUUGAGAAACCACCAGCAGAAUUUCCUGCGGACCACCACAGAACCUACCAGAUUCAGAACAAUUGCUCUGCUUGAAGAUUUACAAGCAAUACGUGCAGUGGCUUUUCAUCCAACUGGGAAGCUAUUUGCUAUUGGUUCAAACUCUAAGAUACUGCGGAUAUGCGCUUCUCCUGACCUGGAAAAUUUUACCAACUCUGAUAGGAAUGCCUCUCAAAUCUCUCCUCCACCGACAAUCCUAUUCAAGAGGACCCGGCACCAUCGUGGUUCUAUCUACUGCAUGGCAUGGAGCUCCACAGGUGACCUUAUAGCUACUGGGUCAAACGACAAAAGCAUUAAAGUCCUGCAUUUUGAUGCCGACAAUUGCACUCAAGUAGGCCCAGAGCUGGAGCUAAAUAUUCACAGUGGUACCAUCAGAGAUCUCUCCUUUGUGUCCAGGGCAAGUGGAUCUGCUGUCCUGGUGUCUGGGGGUGCUGGAAAUGGCAACAUCCAGAUCUCUGAUUGUACCACCGGUAACACUAUCGGACAACUAAAAGGUCACUCCAGUCACAUCAUGUCCGUCUAUGCAGCCAAGGAUGACAUCAUAGCAUCCGGCUCAAACGACAACACUGUACGGCUAUGGGACUUAAGGUCACAGAGGUGCAUUGACGCCAUAGCAACAGGGGACAGCUGUGUGUCAUCAGUGUGUGUUAAUCCAUCAGGAACCUUACUUGUUUCUGGUCAUGAAGAUGGCGGCUGCAUGUUAUACGACAUCACAGCAGGAAGAACUCUGCAGUUCUUCAAACCCCACACUGCAGAUUGCCGCUCAGUUCGCUUCUCCCCAGAUGGUCAUCACCUUCUUUCCUGCUCAUACGACACAAGCACAAUACUGAUGGAAAUGCAGCAUGACCUUGAAUGCAAUAUCCCACCAUACUCUGUCGUAGCGCAGCAUGACGAUAAGAUGAUACAGUGUCGAUGGCAUCCAUUCCUGAUGGCAUUUGUGAGUUCAAGUGCAGAUAGGACUGCUCGACUUUGGACUCUUGAUUGCUAGAGAGACACUACUUGCUGUAAAGAGUUUAAGUACGUUCAAGGGCAUCCGUGAAAUAGCAUACCACACUAAAA